AUGACUAGGAUCUUGCUCACUGGUGGCAGCGGCUUCAUCGCGGCCCACGUAUUGGAGACGCUUAUACGGCGGGGGCAUUCCGUCGUUACGACGGUUCGGUCAGCACAAAAGGGCAAAAACAUACUCAAAGCAUAUCCGCAUCUUGCAAGCGAGACUCUGUCUGUUGUGAUCGUCAAAGAUAUCGCGCGCUCGGGGGCAUUCGAUGAGGCAGUCAUUUCUGAUCCGCCAUUCGAAACGGUGAUCCACACAGCCAGUCCAUACCACUUCAAUUCCCGAGAUAACAAGACUGAACUGCUUGAGCCUGCCAUCAACGGCACAGUUGGCCUAUUAGAGGCUAUUCAUGGACAUGCCCCCAAUGUUAAGCGUGUUGUCAUAACAUCCUCAUCAGCGGCCAUCUUGGACCAAAGUCGGCCCACAAAGGUAUACUCGGAGGCGGAUUGGUGCCCAGUUACUGAAGAGCAGGCCCUAAUUGGUCCCGCCAAUGGCUAUCGAGCCAGCAAAACGUUUGCAGAGAAAGCGGCGUGGAGGUUUAUAGAGGAAAAGAACCCUAGAUUCUCCCUAUCAGUGUGCAAUCCACCUCUGGUCCUGGGCCCCAUCCUUCAUCACUUAGAUUCCCUUGACACGCUGAAUACUUCCAACCAGCGAAUCCGUGAUCUUAUGGUCGGCGCCGCCAAACAGGCCUGCCCACCCACUGGCAAUCAUCUCUUUGUAGAUGUGCGUGAUUUGGCCCUCGGCCACGCGCUUGUGGCAGAGAAGCCCGAGGCAGCUGGCAAGCGAUUCUUCAUGGUUGGCAAUAAAUUCUCCAACAAAGAGAUAGUUGAGAUCUUAGCCGAUAACUUUCCGGACUUGAAGGAGAACUUGCCGUCAGGGGAAGCACUCAAGGCAGGUGAUUAUCCAGAGCACGGGUCCUAUGGAUUUGAUAAUACGCGUAGUAGAGAGGUGCUUGGACUAACAUAUCGGCCGCUACGGGAGACUAUCAUCGAUACUGUUAAGAGUCUCCAAGAUAUCCGUACCUGA